AUAGGUAUCUCUUUUUCGCCUGUGAAACUUUCAGAUCGAUAAAGGUGAUUAGAAGAAGAGAGUUGCUGAAAUUCGAAGAUGAGAUAACCAUUCAAGAGUGAAAACAAAAUAAUAUAUUCACAGAAAUUGUAUUAAAGCAAGGGGUAAAAUAGGCAUGAAGGCACAAAGAAAAACAUCCGAAAAUUGAAUACAAAAUAACGUUCGUCAUUGUUAUAUGUAUAGUCUCGCUGCGCCAUUCUGUGGUUUCGAGUUUUGACAUGAUUCAAUGAUUUAAACCUUCUUUCACGCAGAGCUGAGAUUUCGCUAUUUAAAGUUAACCUCAGUUAUUUGUGCUCUAAUUGUGAGAAUUGCAUUUGGAUUUCUAAGUGAAAGACAGAAGAAAAUAAUCAGAAUGAGCGAGGACGCCGAUCGACUGAGUAAAUAUCUAAAGCAUUCGCUGAAAACGGCGCCGAAAUCGAAUGUGUUGGAAUGUCGCGUCUGCGAAGAGGUUUUUACUGUGGAUGGCGUAAAGGUACCACGUUUGUUGCAUUGUGGACACACGGUGUGUCACGCGUGUCUGUUGCGAUUGAGAACUUGCAUGCAGGAUCAGCAGUUUCUGCUAUGUCCCUUUGACCGGCAACCAACCGCUGUGCACGAAAACAGCGUCUACAGUCUGAAGAAGAACUUUGCACUCAUUGAGCUGCUCGAACGGCUGGAGCAAUCCAACAGUGAGAAAACAGUGGUGUUGGAACGCGAGAGGCAUCAGUCAAAUCAGUCGUGCGACGAAGAUGAAGCUCACACUGCUGUUCUCUAUUGCACGGUUUGCGCCACGCAUCUGUGCGAGACAUGCGAUACCGCCACGCAUUCAUCUAAAACAUUAGGCAAGCAUAGACGGGUGCCACUAUCAGAGAAGCCACGUGAAAAGCCUCGCUGUCCAAUACAUAUGGAGCAUGUGGCCGAGUUUACAUGCACCCAAGAAGGCUGUCACAAUUCCUUGAUGUGUUAUCUGUGUAAAGAAUAUGGCAAACACAGCACACACAAGCCAGCAUUGGUGGAGGAAGAGGCUGAGAAUAUCAGAAAAUCUAUUAUCGCUGCAUUACAAAAGAUGACACAGUUUAUGGAAAGCAUGAGAGACACUGCACACAAAAUAGAAAUAGUAAUUGAAGAAUUGGAGGGUUGGGCGGUUGAAGAUGCGAGACGAAGAGUGCGAUAUCAUUUUGAGGAACUACGCGCUGUUCUGGCCGAACAAGAGAAAACGGCGAUGGCGUAUAUCGAGACGGAAACUCGUGGUAGAUUGUGUGCGUUGAGACAGCAACAAAAAGAUCUCACGACUACGAGAUCACAAGUGGCCGGAGUGUGUAUCCAAUGCGAGAGCAUACUCGAUUCCGAAGAUUGGAAAUUAUUGAGUAGCUCAGAAAGAGUCAAGGAGGUUCUAGCGACGUUGGAACAACAGCAACAACAUUACGCGCAAUUGGGACCAGAUUUUCUCAGUCCUGAAUCCUCUAUACCAAUUAUAUUCAGCAGGGAUAACAGGAUACAUAUUGGAACAAAGAUCGAUAUGCGCGUAGUGAUCUUGGGAUUGGACGGGGCGGGAAAAACAAGUAUUCUAUCCGCAAUGCGUGGUGUCACGUUGUCGAACCCACCGAUUCCCACUAUCGGCUUUAAUGUCGAGAGUUUAGAGUAUAUGAAUCUCGUGUUUACUCUCUGGGACGUCAGCGGCCAUCAGAAAUUUAGGCCACUGUGGAAGCAUUAUUACCAUAACACGCAAGCUGUCAUUUUUGUAGUUGAUGCCAGUGAUAGAUCUCGUUUUGAAGAAGCACAGAAUGAAUUAUCGAAAAUUCUUUAUGAACGAGAACUAAAAGAUGCUCUACUUUUGAUCUACGCUAAUAAACAGGAUAUCGCAGGCUGUGCAAGCGUUGAGGAGCUAGUCGAUAUAUUUGGUUUGCAUAAACUUUGUUGUGCAAGAGUAUGGCAUAUUCAGGGCUCAUCUUUAGUUACUAAUACUAAUGGUACCCUGCAGGGUCUUGAUUGGCUUUUGACACAAUGCGUAUAGAGUUCUUUUUUUUUUUUAUAUAGAACUAGUUAUGGAUAACAAGUCGAGAAGAGCAAGUUUCACAUUUACUAAAUGGUUCUACAUAAGAACAAGUCUAAGCGGAUUGAAAAUAGGUAAAUAAAAAUCAAAGAUAUUGAUAAGCAAGAAAGAUAUUCGUGUAGUCGAUGUAAAAAAUGAUUAAUUUUUUAGGAAUUAUUUCUUCAUAAAAUAGAUUCUAUUGGAUAUUGUU